UGGUCUAAACAGUGUAUGUAGAAUGUAUAAAGAAAUGCCGUAUGUCUAUGACUAUAAAUAAAGAAACGAAAAAAAAAAAAAUCACAGUCUACUCCUGUUGACGUUUUGUUUGGUUACCUGAAAAAUUACCAAAGUUUCUGUGAUUUGAAUACGAACACUAGAGGUAUAUACGCUUUGUACAGUGAAGGUAGGCACUCGCUAGUCAGACGGAGAAUUUGAGAAUUGACUACUUAUCAGGGUUUAAAAGAAUUAACGAUCACUAUAUAAUUCAUUAAAAUGCGGUGUAUGCUAUGUAUCAAACCAAAGUACAAACAAUUUAGGCCUUAUGUAUCUUUUCACUCAUUUCCUAAAUGUCCGAUUCAAAAACAAGUAUGGAUGAACAUCUGUAAUAUAACGAAUCAAGUAGACUUGACAAAAUGUAAGAUAUGUUCAUUUCAUUUUCAACUUGAUUGUUUUAAAGACCAUACGGAUAAAAGAAUACUUAAACCGGACGCUAUACCAACAUAUUUUGUAAAAAGAUACAUAAGAAAACAAUAUCUCCAAUUAGCAACUGAGCAUGAUUAUUCAAAAUUAGCUAACCUAAACAAUAGUUGUAUUCUAUGUGUGAAAUCAAUGAUAAAAUUUAAGCUCGGUUCCAAGAUAACUUUACACAAAUUUCCGACAUGUCCAGAAAGACGACAAGAUUGGAUUAAUCGUUGUCAAUUAACGAACCAAGAAGUUCUACCAAAGCAUAAGUUAUGCUCAUUACACUUUGAGCCAACAUGUUUCAAAUCCUCUGAAAAGAAGCGGAUACUUUACCAAAACGCCGUACCAACAAUUUUUGAAGUGGGUCGUUACAACUACAAAAGAAGAGUCUUUAAAGGAAAAUCGAAAGAUUGUGUUAAGAUGGAGAUUGCAUGUCAGGAUCAAUAGUCCUCUAAUAUGGAACCUUUCCAAAACUAAGAAAUAAAAAAAUCAUCUUUUAUGUCACUAUUGAACCUCGUUUGGAUUAAAACAUCAUUGGGAAACAAUCUAAUACUGCUAUAAGUGAUCAAUAUCAUACAAUACAAGAUUUAUUGUGCUUCAGUUAAAUUAAUAUUUUUUUCUUUUUAUAUGCAAAUGUUUUUUUAUAGUUUUUUUUUUUUUUUUUAUAUAAAUAACAUUAUGAGGAAAAGUAUAAAAUGACUUGAAUGUAAUAACUGUAAAUGUAUAAAAUGAACGACGAAUUGUUCCGCCACAGGAACAGGAUUAUAUCUCUUAAAAUAUUUUGAAUAUUUCGUUUUGCAUAAAAAAUAAUAGUACAUAUGUGUAAUACACUAAUACAUAAUGGUGAUAAAUUUCAAAUCUCACCGAUUAAUUUAGAUCCAA